UCAUUUGCUAUCUAAAUAGCGAAAAUGUCCGAAGGAUCGAGUAAAGAACCGCAGAAAACCCCCAUGGUGUACAUUUGCGGAGAGUGCCACAAUGAAAACGAAAUCAGACCGAGGGACCCCAUUAGAUGCAGAGAAUGCGGCUACAGAAUAAUGUACAAGAAAAGAACCAAAAAACUGGUGGUUUUCGAUGCAAGAUAGAAGACACA